AUGGGGCGGGGCUCCACGGUUGCUCUCGCAGCAGCGGCAGCAGCGGCGGCGGCGCUGCUGGUGUCGCUGCCGAUGCUGCUGAUGUCGCUGCGGGCCGCUGACCCGUACGAGCAGGAGACGCGCCGGAUGUUCGUGGAGUGGAAGGCCAAGUACAGGCAGACCUAUAGAUACACCGGCGAAGAGGAGUGCCGGUACGCGGUGUUCAAGGAGAGCCGCCGCCGCGUCGCCCGGGCCAGGGACGCCGGGCUGACCUCUGGCCUCAACGGUCGCAGCGCCACCGCCAUUGAGGAGAUCUACCGCGGGCACAGGGUAUGGAUGGGGGAGAGAUCGUUCGAGCAGGAGAACCGCCGGAUGUUCGUGGGGUGGAAGGCGAAGUACGGCAAGACCUACAGAGACGUCGGUGAGGAGGAGUGCCGGUACAGGUUGUUCAAGGGCAACCACCGCCGCGUCGUCGUCCGGCUCAACCGCCGCCGCCGGGCUAAACCUGUACGGCCUCAACCAAUUCGGCGACCUCACCAACGAGGAGGUCCGCUAACGCUGCUACCCGGAGAUGGAGAACCGAGAGCUGAGCGCCAGGUGCCAAGCCGCCGCCCCCGACCCGGACCUCGUCCAUGGGAGGCUGAUCCGGUACCAGGGGUGCUCCCAAGGCAGCGCAUGGCCUGGCACAGCCCGAGGAGGCUGGUGGCUGAAAGGGCCAAUGUCAUUAAGGCUAUUAAUAGCAAUUAA